AUGGGGCGCUUUCGCGAGCUGCGAGCGUCGGGCGGAUUUGUCUUAGUGGCAAUGUGCCUUUCAACAUUCACAGAUAACUUUGUUUACAGCAUGGUCAUUCCUAUCCUGCCCUACCUACUCAUGAACAACAUCACAUCGAGCGAUGGAAUUCAACAAUGGACAUCAAUAUUGCUCGCAGCAUACGGAGCAGCCCUACUUGUCGCAUCCCCACUUGUCGGCCUCAUAAGCGAUCGCAUUCAAUCCCGCAAAUCCCCCUUGAUCUUCGGAUAUAUCGCAAUCGCAGUAUCAACCUCGGUCUUUCUAUUCGGACAUUCACCAGCGCUUCUAAUUAUUGCUCGAGUGUGCCAGGGUCUGUCGGGGGCCGUGGUGGGUGUCUUGAGUUUCGCGAUCGUUGCAGACACUGCUCCCCCUGAAAAGAGAGGGGAAUAUAUGGCAUUCGUAUCCACUUCAUACACUUGGGGAAUGAUUUCGGGUCCUGUCAUAGGGGGCUUUCUUUUCGAUCACUUUGGUGUACACGGGGCCUUUGCGUUUCCAGUUUUUAUGCUGGUAUGCGACGUCAUACUACGCAUAAUGAUACUUGAGAAGGGUAUAGAUCAAGAAGAAAGCGUGCCAUCUCUGGCUGGAGAAGAGGCGCCAUUACUGCCUCCAAAGGAUUGCGGCAAAGCUUCUCUGCAUCUUCGCGACUUUGUGGACAUGCGCUUCAUGACAGCAGUGCUAAGUGAAAUCACAAUUUCGUCUAUCCUUGCCGCAUUCGAGACAACCCUACCACUAUUCACUAUGGCGACGUACAAAUGGUCCUCAACAAAUGCGGGUCUAGUCUUCUUGGGAAUAUCUCUUCCAAGUUUCCUCAGCAUCCCAUUGAGCAGGUACGGUCGUGACUGGAAGCGCCGUCGAACGAUCGCUAUCGAGCUGAUCUUGGCAUUCUUCCCACUUGUUGCACUCCGAAUAACCGACGGUCCGUCUCCUAGUCACCAAAUUGGGUUCAUUGCGCUGGUGACUGGGGCCGGCCUUUUCCUGACGACCUCCCAGGCACAGGUCAUGGCUGAGGUAUCUGAUGCUGUGCGGGAGAUUGAGGUGACACAUGGAGUCGACCCCAACCAAAGGAGUGGGAUGGGCACGGGAUAUGCGUUCUGCAAUAUGGCCAUCGCAAUCGGUCAGUUUGUUGGGCCUCUUAUCGCUGGCUAUGCGAGGUUAUACCUUGGUUGGGGAGGUAUGACUCUGGUAUUGGGUGGCACAUCAGCAUUCAUUGGUCUCUUGUCCUUGGUUGUCAAUUCGUAG